AUGCAGAAGAUUCGGGUGAAGAUCGAAGGCUUCAGGGAGGAUGUGCGCAGCUUCCGCGCGGAGUUUUUGGAUCGUUGUCCUUUGGAAGUCGGGCAAGAGGGGAUCUGCUUUGUGAUUCUCCAAGGUGAGAAUGCAGCGACUGGCAACUAUGACAAGAACCUGGUUCUCAGCACUGAGCACACUAGCUUGAGGCGAUGCCCAGCAAGAAUGGAUUCCAGCCAGGAAACAUUGAAAGAUGCUGAUGACAAAAGAUCACACAACGAUGCUGACAAUUGA